AUGGUGUCCGCUCUACUAUCCGCUACCACUCUUAUUGCAGUCAGCGUCCCGGCUCUCGCUGCCCCAUUCCGACGAUGGGAGUAUUCCAAGUACUGGGACCUGCAAGGCCAUCGAGGUGGGCGUGGAGAGACUGUCGAAAACACACUUCCAUCUUUCUCCUGGGGCUUGAUUAACGGUGUAACGUCGCUUGAGUUGGACUGCGGCGUGACCAAAGAUGGCGAAGUUGUAGUCUGGCACGAUGAAAACUUUGUGGAUACCAAAUGUCGAGACACCUCUCCUGCAUUCGAAGACGACCCCGACUAUCCUUAUGUCGGUAAAUACAUCGCCAACCUUACCCUAGGUCAGAUCAAGACUCUCGACUGUGGUUCAUUGCGACAGGCCGACUUUCCACUCCAAGAUGUCUACGCCGGCACCAAAGUAUCUACCCUCCAAGAGAUGUUCGAUUUCGUAAAAUGCGCCACCGACGAGCCCGUCCUUUUCAACAUUGAAUCCAAAGUCGACGGUGACUAUCACAAUCUCACACGUGGUCCUGAAGAUUUUGUGGAUGCUAUGGGUACAAUCUUCUAUGCCCAAGGGGAGGAUGUGGUUGAUAGGAUCACCCAUCAGAGCUUUGACUGGAGGUCCAUCAAGCUCUCGAAGGAGAAGUAUCCCAACCUGCGAACAUCUGCUCUUUGCGAUGACACCACCACCAACCUCGGCAACCCCGGCUCUGGCCCUUCCAACUGGCUUGCCGGUAUCGAUAUUGACAAACUCGAGGGUGACACCGUGGGGGAGCGGGUUGCGCGGGCUGCCGCUUUCAUCAAUGCCGACUUCCUGUCCCCUGUCGCUACUUCCUAUGCUUCUGAUGUAACUGGUCCCGGCUUCCCUGGCUUUGUGGCGUUCACCAACAAGACGAUGGUUGAUACUGCCCACUCUCUCGGGCUUGGUGUCAAGCCUUGGACUCCUGAUGUCAAGAACCUCUUCGAAUACCUCCUGGAUCUCGGCGUCGAAGGUGUCAUCACCGAUUUCCCUCACGAGUUCCGACGUCUGCUCGAGCAGAAAGGGAACUAUGCUCUUGCCCCUAAAGGAAAUACCGACAGGAUUCUCUCAUGUUUGUCCAAGCACGUCCAAGUGACUGAGAACAGACUCGAUGGGAAGGGUUACGCUUGA